AUGGAUGAACAAUUUAUUUUUUCAACAUCAUCUGCUUUAUUUGAUACUUAUCUUGUUUAUGGUAUCAUUGGUUUACUAUUAUUUAUUGCACUCAUUGGUCUAGUUAUUUUAUUAGCUACAUCAUGUUGUUGUUGUUAUUGUUGUUUGUCUCCAAGAUCAUGUUGCUUAUGUUAUCAUCAUAGGCGUCGGCAUUCGUCAUAUAAACUACGUCAAAAACCAAAUCAUCCAAGUGGAUCAAGUAACGAUGAUUCAAAAAAAAUUGCGUUUAUACGACGUCAUCCAAGCGACGUAGCAGAUUUUUCUCAAUUAUAUGAUUCAUGCCCACACCUAAUCAAUAGUAAAGCUAUGACAACAACAAGUACAAAUAUGGAUACGAGUUGUACAACAAUUGAUACACUUGUUAGUCCAAUAUCACCAUGUAGUUCAUUUCGUUCAUUUAUUGAAUCAGGAACAUCAUCAAACGAAAAUAAACUUCCCAUAGUACAAAGUGAUUCUAGUAAUCCAUCACAAAAACAUAAUAUAACUAUUGAUAAGAUUAAUAAUGUUCCUUCAUCAUCUGUUAAGAGUGUAUCUUCUCGUCCAUUUUCUUAUAUAAAAAAUACAAAUGAUCGUGCACAUAUUUUACGUCGUUUUACUCCACAUGAACGUGCUAUACCAGCAACCAUUAUACCCAUUGAUGUAACUCGAAUAUCUUCAUCUGAGAAUGACAAUAAUAAUCAAACAAAUUCAAAUAGUACAAAUAUUUAUGAAACAGUUCUUCCAACAACAACAAAUAAUAAUAAUCAUAAUCAUAAUUCAACAACAUCAGAUAUGUCAUCACCUAUUUAUGAAACUGAAUGGACACAUAGUUUAAGACAAUUAAUGAUGGCUACAGGAACAUCAUCGAUUAAAAAUGAAGGUAUUUCUGUUAUUGAAGUGUCUUCAACACCACCUGAUAUAGUUCCAUCAACAAAACAAUCUUCGAAUUAUUUUCAACAACAAAAUCUUUAUGAUAAAUUUUUAGCAAAUCGAACAACAAUAUCAGAUUCAAUGAGACGAACUAAUAUGCUAAGACAAUUAAAAGACAAUGCAGCAUUCCUUUAUUAA